CAUAUAUUUGUAAAAAAAAUAUUAGUACAAAUAAUUAUUAAAACAAUUACUUCCGUUUUGAACAUGUUGGCUGCCGUUGCGCGUGCUAGAGUCAGACAAUCGUUCAAGAUCUGGUCGUAUGAUUUGCGACUAUUUCGUUGGUUCUACAAAGAAUACGAAGAGCAAAGGGAAUCACCGCACCACAACUAUGCCAGCGAGGCAACUAUCGCGAUCCCCGAUACAUUCAAAUGCAUUCGUCUGGAAACAUUUCCAUCUAAAACCAUAACUACAAAUAAGGAACAAGCAGAACGCAUGUAUAAACAAAUGACUACCAUACGGCGUUUGGAAACUGUUGCGAAUGCUAUGUAUAAGGCUAAACUCGUGCGCGGUUUUUGCCACCUCUAUUCUGGACAGGAAGCUGUUUGUGUGGGCAUACAUGCUGCAAUGCGUCCCACGGAUCACCUUAUUACGGCAUACCGUUGCCACGGUUGGUGCUAUUUGAUGGGUCUUAAGCCAGUGGAAAUACUCGCCGAAUUGGCUGGACGUGAGUCGGGCUGUCAGCGGGGUAAAGGCGGCUCCAUGCAUAUGUACAAUAAAAGAUUCUACGGUGGUAAUGGCAUUGUGGGUGCACAGGUGCCUCUGGGCGCUGGAAUUGGUCUUGCAUUAAAAAAUGAGGCGAAAGGUAAUGUUUGUGUAGCUUUGUACGGAGAUGGUGCCGCCAACCAAGGACAAAUAUUUGAGGCAUAUAAUAUAGCUUGUCUUUGGCGUUUGCCGGUGAUUUUUGUUUGUGAAAAUAAUGAAUACGGUAUGGGCACAAAAAUGCAUCGUUCUUCGUGUUCUAUUGAAUAUUAUACACGUGGUGUGCCAUUGCCUGGCAUUUACGUCGAUGGUAUGAAUAUUUUGGCAAUGCAUAAUGCUGCAGAAUUCGCUAUUGGCUUUGUACAAAAAGAAGGACCAAUUAUUAUAGAAGCGCAUACCUAUCGCUAUUUCGGUCAUUCAAUGUCGGAUCCAGGCACAAGUUACCGAUCACGCGGUGAGGUUGCGGAAGUGCGUAGCAAACGUGAUCCUAUAAGUUAUUUCAAAGAAAUAACUAUCUCGCAAGGCUUAUUAACCGAGGACCAAUGCAAAAAAAUAGAUGAGGACAUUCGGAAGAGCAUCGAUGAAGCAGCUGAAAAGGCUAAGAAAUCCAAUGAAGUAAAAAAGGAAGAACUGUGGGCAGAUGUAUAUAUGGAUAAUAAAGAAGUGGGUAUACGUGACACGAUCGGGAAUCGACAUAAGCAUUUCCAUGCAGGCAAGACACUUGAAAAAGAUCAUAUUAAGUUGAAGUCAUUUACACCGGACACCAAAUUGGAGCCUAAAGACAUACCAUUGGAAAUAAAGGAGUGGGAGGCGCAGCUGGAAGCGAUAAAAGAUGUGGAAAAAGGUAAAAAAUCCAAUCAGAAAUCAAAAUCGGAUAAUAAACCCGAGAAGAAAUAAUUACAAGUAGUGAAAAACAAUAGAAAAGAAAUAAAAAAUGGUUAUAAAUUUCUUUUGAGAUAUUAAAUAAAUUAUAAAACUCUACGUUCAUGUAUAUGCA